AUGAAAUUCAACGAAGGCGUCUGGUACGGCCGCGAGGGUGUCAUCGUCACCAACGCCGUCGAGGUCAACCAGCUCACGUCGAGCGACGAUGACUCUGCCUCGUCCAUCCGCACGCCCAAGGGAACCGCACCGUUCAUCCGUGCUCUUUGCACCACCCGACACAUCAAGCACCGCGGUGACCUGCUCAACAAGCCCGUUCUCACCGUCAACGUCACAUCGCCCGCUCCGGGUAUCAUUGGCAUCGAGGCCAUCCACUUUCACGGCAAGCCCGAGCAUCGCGAGCCCACAGCGCCCCACUUUCCCGGUGGCUUGCCCGCCAAUCUCGGCGAGGCGACUAUAACUGUCGCCGAGGACAGCGCGACACUCACAGCUGCUGGGGGCUCUGCGUCGGCCGUCGUUGACACGCGUCCCGACAGCUUCAGCAUUGACAUUCGCAACGCGGCCGGCGAAAGCGUCACAUCGCUCGGCAAGGACAGUGUUCAGUGGAUCCUAGACACAGUAGCCUCGCCUCGAGACGCCGCCAAAGAGAAUGCCGCGACUGCGAUUCAAGACCCGUACUACCGCUUGCCCGCGUCCCGCCGCAAGCCAUACAUGGCCAUGCAUGUUGGCCUCGAUGUCAAUGAGAAAGUGUAUGGCCUCGGCGAGCGGUUUGGACCCUUUGUCAAGAAUGGCCAAAAGGUGGAGAGUUCCAACGACGAUGGAGGGACGAGCAGCGACUCUGGCUACAAGUGUAUUCCAUUCUACCUCACAAACCGCAACUAUGGCGUCCUCGUCGACCACCUGGACCACGUCUCCUUUGAAGUUCAGUCGGACCGCAUGACCACCGUCCAGAUGAGUGUCCCCGGCGAGCGCAUCCGCAUCUUUAUCAUGGUCGGCGACAGUCCCAAGGACGUGCUGUCCAAGUACACCAUGUUCACCGGCCGCGCCCCGCUUGUGCCCGACUGGUCGUUUGGCUUGUGGCUUUCAACUUCCUUCCUGACCGACUAUGACGAGGCCACUGUCAUGAAGUAUGUGGACCGCAUGGCUGAGCUGGACAUCCCCCUCUCAGUCUUCCAUUUCGACUGUUUCUGGAUGCGCGCCCACUCGUGGUGCGAUUUCCAGUUUGACCCCAAGUUCUUCCCGGAUCCCGCAGGCUUCCUCAAGCGACUCCACCAAAAGGGUCUCAAGGUGUCGGUCUGGCUCAACCCCUGGGUCAGUCAGCACAGCCGCCUGUUCGCCGAGGGUGACGCAAACGGGUACUUUGUCAAGCGCCGCGAUGGCCGGACAUUCCAAACGGACGACUGGCAGCCCGGAACGGCGACGGUUGACUUCACCAACCCGGCCGCCAAGAAGUGGUGGCAAGGGUACCUUGUAGAGCUGCUCGACCUUGGUGUCGACUGCUUUAAGACCGACUUUGGAGAACGUAUCGUUACCGAGGACGUCGUGUACCACGAUGGCAGCGACCCACGCACCAUGCACAAUGCCUACUGCAUGCUUUACCAGCAGACCGUGUUUGAGACCAUUGUAGCCAAGCGUGGCGCCGACGAGGCCAUUGUCUUUGCUCGCUCCGCUACCACCGGCACGCAGCGUUUCCCAGUACACUGGGGAGGCGAUGUCGACGCCAAGUUCACCGGCCUUGCCGAGACAAUCCGUGGUGGCCUGUCCAUCGGCCUCAGUGGCUUUGGAUACCACAGCUCGGACAUUGGCGGUUUCAAGGGCGAGGGCAAGGCCGGCGGCGACUCUGGUGCCAUUCCGCCAUCGGCCGUCUACAAGCGUUGGGUGCAGUUUGGCCUCUUGUCCUCGCACUCGCGCCUUCACGGGUCUGCCAGCUACCGCGUUCCGUGGGUGAUUGACGACGAGGCCUGUGUCGUCGCCUCCAAGUUUACGCAUCUCAAGGGCCGCCUAGAGCCGUACUUGACGUCGGCCGCCAUCCGCGGGGUCGUGGCUGCCGGCACCCCACUUAUGCGCGCCAUGCUCUUGGAGUUCCCCGAGGACCGCAACGUCUGGACCCUCGACCAGCAGUACAUGCUUGGCGACAACUUGCUCGUCGCCCCUGUCUUUGCAGAGAACAAGGUCGACUACUACCUUCCUGCCGGGACUUGGACCAACGUGCUCACUGGUGCCGAAGUGGACGCUGGCACAGGCCGCUGGGUGGCAGAGCAGCAUGGCAUGAUGACCCUUCCACUGCUCCUGCGGCCUGGCGCUGUGCUCGUCAUUGGCCGCAAGGGCCACGGCGUGCGUGACUCCAUUGCGACCAGGGGUUUCACUCUCGUCGUGUCUCGUGCCACUAUCAAGGCCAACGUCAGCGUCGCUCUCCGUGGUGGCAAGUCGGUCGACGUCGAAGUCAAGCCUACGACCAAGGAUGGCGAGGUCGUUGGCGUCACGGCCGCCCUCGCGGGCAAGGCUAUGCCGUUUGAGGUGCUUGUGAUCGGCAACGGCAAAGGACUGGACAAUGAGGCUGAGGGGUCGUAUGCGCAUGCUGAGGCCAAGAAGAAUGUCUGCGAGGUUGUGUUCUAG